UUUAUACCGACUCCAGCGAAUCAUAACAGUAGCGAAUAACGAAAAGGAUUCAAGUAGUUCUAUUUUGAGAUGCGGUCAAAUUAAUACUGCAAGACGCUUGUUGUGUGUAGUUUGUGCGGAUUCUUUCAAAACUCGCCGUACGAUACUUUCGCCAGUGCCUUCUGAAUCCAAUAAUUAGAAAUUCAUGUGAAAGGAGUGUGCCUAGCUUAUUUUUAUAAUCUGCCAUUUGGAUAGUUUACCGAAAAAUAUUCGCUUAUAAUAUAUAUUUUUUAAAUAUGGACGAAAACGACGAGACGAAAUCACCUAUUAAAAGGCUCGGGUCGACGAGAAAGCUAUUGGUAUUUAACAAUAUAAGACUUCAGUUAAACGAACAACUGAGAUGUCUGGAUGUCCGUAUGGAGGCUCAAGUAGCCCUGCUAACGGAACUGCAGGAUUUUUUUCGACGCAGGGGGGAGUUAGAAUUGGACUAUUCUAAGAAUUUAGACAAACUAGCAAAGAGCUUGCAACUUAGACAUAAAGAACAAAAACAAAAACGCGAACAGUGGCCUUUAUUCUCAAGUUAUGCCUGUUGGCAACAGUUAGUUACCCAGACGAAAAAUCUAAGCCGAGAUCACGUAGCUUUAUCGGAAGUUUAUUCCACCCAUCUAGUUUCUAGGCUAGCACAAGUGAUGGAAGACGUUCAACGAAUAUACAAAAGAUGCCGGGAAAUUGGUUACGAAACGCAUGAAGAGAUUUUAAGGGUCUUGCACGAACUUCACACAACAAUGAAGACAUAUCAUAGUUAUCAAGCUGAAUUGCGGCAGGCUGAAGCCAAACUGCGUGCCGCUGAGAUACAGAGAAACAAGUUAGAAGCCACGUUAUCACAAGACAAGUUAGAGCGCUCGAAAAAAUAUAAACUGAUGGAAAAAGAGGUGGCGAAACGGAGAAACAAAUAUACCGAUGCAAAACUCAAAGCUCUAAAGUCCAGGAAUGAAUAUAUUUUGUGUUUGGAGGCGUCCAACACGACCAUUCACAAAUAUUUCGUGGAUGAUUUGUCGGAUCUCAUAGACUGUAUGGAUUUUGGUUUCCAUAACUGUAUAUCCCGAGCUUUGUUGAUGCACGUCACCGCCGAGGAAGGCCGGCAAAAAUCCGUGCAGAACGGUUUGGAUACGCUCUCGGCCUGUAUAAAUUCUCUCGAUUCCAGAUUAGACAAGCAAAGGUUUUUAGAGUACAAUCAUAGCGCGUUUAUGAUUCCGAAGAAGUUAGAAUUUCAAGGCCAUAAAACCGAAGAUACCGCCGAACCGGAGAUCCAGAACAUUUUGCAGAGGGAGAUGGAGAGCAGGUUGACUCAGCUUCACCAGAGGGUCAUGUCGUUGAGGACCGAGUCCGAGGAGGUUUGGAAAACGCUCGAGACUGCCGAAAGUACUCUGUUGGAAAUGUUAAGUGCUAAGGAUUACGAUUGCAGUGGAUAUUUUGGAGAUAACGCUCAGUCUUUGAAUAAACCUCCGGAAACGGUAUCUAUUAAAGCUCGAGCGGAUCGACAAGAAACAGAGGAGUUUUAUCUGCAGAAAUUUAGGGAGUACCUUUUGGGUUCUUCACGAAUUGCCCGGUUAGACGCGAAACAGGAGUAUUUGCGUCAGUCUUUGGCAUCGGAAGCCCCAGAAUUGUGUGCGACCGCUCGUCCUGUGGUAAAAACGCCGAAGAGGAAACGAAUCGGGAGACUUCAAAUGAGCGGGCAGCCAAAAUUAUUCGGCGGGUCCCUUGAGGAAUACCAAGAAGCUACCAAUCAAGAAAUACCACUCAUUUUGAGGUCUUGCAUUCGGGUAAUCAACCUCUAUGGAUUACAUCAUCAGGGAAUUUUUCGCGUUUCCGGUUCUCAAGUAGAAAUAAACAAUUUCCGUGAGUGGUUCGAGCGGGGGGAGGAUCCUUUGGCGGAUAUGACCGACGCUUCCGAUAUAAACAGCGUAGCGGGGGUGCUGAAGUUGUAUUUGAGGGAAUUACGGGAGCCAUUGUUUCCCAUUAUUUAUUUCGAGCAAUUCAUGGAGCUGGCACAACUAGAAAAUAAAAGGGAGUUCAUAAAUAAAAUGCGUGAGGUUGUCAAAAGUCUUCCUAGACCGGUAAUGAUCGUUUUAAGAUAUCUGUUUGCAUUUCUGAACCACUUGUCUGAGUUUUCUGAUGAGAAUAUGAUGGAUCCGUACAAUUUGGCUAUUUGCUUUGGUCCGACUCUCGUACCGGUGCCCGACGAUAAGGACCAGGUUCAAUUUCAAAACCAAGUCAACGAACUCAUUAAAAAUAUUAUUAUAUUCCACGAUGAAAUUUUCCCCAACGAUGAAGGCACCGUAUAUGAGAAAUAUAUUUCUCCAAACACCGACGACCAGGAUGUUGGCGAUUCCCCAUCCGAUCAAACUCAAGACGAUGCUGACUCAGAGGUGUAUCCUUCUGAGGACGAUUCCGAAAACUUGGAAGCCACUGCCCAAUUUGACUUUAUUGCCCGAUCAAAUCGGGAGCUCUCACUCAAAAGGGGCGAUACCGUAACCUUGUACUCGCAAGUCUCAAACGAUUGGUGGAGGGGUGCGAUUAACGGUCAGGAGGGUCUCGUUCCAGAUAAAUACAUUUCCCUAAAAAUUAAGACGUUUCUUCAAUUUAGGGAUGAUGAAAGGGAUCGCGACAAAAUGGGCGUCAUUAAAUGCAGCUCCUCAGAAGAAUCAGUGCGCAGACGUACCUCCAGCUCAAACGAAUCUGAAAUCAUUGAUGCCGGUAGCGCGAUCACGACCAGUGGCGCGGCCAUAUGGUCAGCGACCGAGCAUCCAACUGUUGCCGAAGACAUCCCUAUAUACCCUCCAAAUUCAGAUGAUCUUGAUUCUCAGUCGCUAUUAGUUCAGAAAGAAGAUCCAACCCCUAGUGGAGUAACAGAAACAGUAACCACUAAAGAAGACACUCUUUCGAGCUCCGAGAAAUCAGAAAUUGACGAAUCCAACGUGAAUUUUUCCCAGAGUCGGGAUUUGUGGCAGCGCAGAGCUGAUACCGAGGCUUCUUCGACGCCCCUUUUAAAAUCACAGAGAUUAUCUGAGCCGUUUGCUCAAAGGCAAAGUCACACCCCUGACUUGGUUAUGGAUUUACCGUUAGCCAGCUCGGUAUCGGUUUUUUCGGGGUUGUGUUUAAAUAAUUCUCCGGAAAGUCUAACGACGAACGAGAAACAGCAAGAUGUCGAAAGUCCCGAAAUGCAAACGGCCGCGGAAACUUUUGCUAAGCAAAAUCAAUGUACGCUAAAGAAAAACACAAAAAUACAUCUGGAAGGGUCUGAAUUUGUGACUAUAUCUAGUCCUGUACCUAAUAGAAAGUACGCCACGUUAGGCCCAGCGACGUCAACCACAACCUUUAAACCACCGACUAAGGCAAAACCCAUGGUGCUCAAAAAGCCUAUGUUCUCAGUUCCGAUCAGAUCCGUAUCGAUAGAAAUGGUUUGCAAAGAUUCAGAACUUCCACCGUAAGACUUAAACUUGCUCAUGUUUAUUUAAAAAAUGAGAUUAAUAUUUUUUUAUAUUGAAAUUUACUUGAACUUGUUGCCCAAGUAUACAUUUAUAGCU